GGUUGUGCAAAAAACUUUAAAGCGACAAUGCCAAUGACAAAUUAUAUGUCCCGGUGGAAGUCUAUGCUAAAUUCCAUAGCUAAACAAGUUUCACAGGUUCCUCUCUCUUUAUCAAUAAGGGUUGCAUCCCUUCGUGGAACUCUGCGGUUAUAUAUAAAACCACCUCCUUCUGAUCAGUUAUGGUUUGGCUUCACGUCCAUGCCUGAUAUAGAGUUCGAUCUAGAGUCAUCUGUUGGGGAACACAAGAUUACUAGUGGACAUAUUGCUUUAUUCUUUAUAAGUCGGUUCAAGGUAUGGAGAUCACUUGUCACAUGGUGCAACACUAUAUUAGUUUUGACAUUGCUUAACAAAUUUUCCAUUUAUUCAAGAGAAUAUGGUCUUCGAUCAGACAAGAAAAGUCUCAACUAGUUGGUUGCUAAUUCUUACUUGAGUUCAGCUUAGCUUUAUUGAUCAGUAAGGGUUUGUUUUGUGAGUGAAUUUUAUAUGAACAACUCUAUUUAUAUUAAUAAACCAAGGGAUUUGUUGCAGACAUUUCUUCCCUCACAAGUGAAAGGAAAUUUCAAAAGAACUUGAAUAAAGCGAGUUCAUUUUUUCUACUUAACAGACUCACCUGACUGCCUAUUAUUGUGAAAAAUUGCUUGGUUUUGUAUGAUCCUACUUGCAUUGAUGCAGGCAGCCAUUCGUGAAACUAUGGUGCUUCCGAACUGUGAAAGUGUUUCUCUUCCUUGGAUGUUUGCAGAGAAGGAUGACUGGGUCACAAGGAGAAUUGCUCCAUUUAUAUGGCAUAAUCAAGAAGCAGUUAGUGAUCAUACCAGCUCGUCUGAAGCUUUCAGCUCCCAACUUCUUGAAGCAAAAUCCAGUGAAACCAGUAAGGUGUCUGCACGUGAUUAUCCUGAAAGCAAGCAUCAGUUGCCAAAGAAGGCUGAAAACUUUAAGCAAUCAACUGGUGAUGCGUCCAAGCAUCAAUUGCCAAAGAAGGCUGCUAGCUUUAGUCAGCCAACUGGUGACACCAUGCCCUCAAGUUCCACAGUUACAUCUAUAAGGUGCAGCAAGUCCUUUCAAGAACUAAGAACUCAUCUAUUAGCAAGCAAUGAAAUGCGUGAAGCACACAACAAAAACAUAGAAGAAACUCCAGCUUCUCAGUCACCAUACAGGUCGUCUUCAAUACAGCUUGGAAAACAGAAUUCUACAAUUGAAGAUAGUGAUUUAAGACCAAAGAAAAUGGGGAGAAGGGCCAGGAUGCUUGAUUUGGGGAGGAAGAUGGGGGAGAAACUUGAGGAGAAGAGACGUCAUAUAGAAGAGAAGAGCAGGCAUAUUGUUGAGAAGAUGAGAGGGCAUGAGAUAAACUGAAACUUUUGAGUUGACUUGGGAACUCACAAUCAGCUAUAAUAGGCAACAAAUCCCUUGAGAAGACAGGCAUUCAUUUCUGGCAUGGGAAACAAGGAUUCAGAACAAUUGACUUGGAUCCCAAAUGGAGGUUUACGGUUGAGCUGAUAAUUAAAUAGAAGCUUUAUUUUAUUUUAUUUUAUUGUUGGGAUAUCAUGCCAGACUUCUAUUCCUGAUUAUAGGAGAGAUGUAAAUAGCUCCUUAUUUAUCUGCUCAUCAUUGUUCCAUUUAUUAGCUCCGAGAGGGCUUCUAAGUGAACCGUACUUUGAAGGGAAAUGAUUCAUUUA